AUGGUUGGGAUUAUAAGACAGAUGGUCACGGUGGUUGGCAAGUGUUGGCUUCUUGGGAAAGGGUUUUUGGUUUCUCUGUUUACAGUUAGAGGUAGGCCAUUAGAGACAUCGGACACGAAACAGAGAUCUGGUGACGUCAUCGGACCCCAUCUACCAGAUUUAAAAGUGCCUCCUUGUUUGGCAUCAGAUCAGUUUAUGGUGGUUAAUUGCUGCGAAACCAAUUAUUUGAAAAAUUAUCGAAACCAUUUAUUUUUAGGCGGUUUGUUUCACCAUAAGGUAUGUGGAUCUCUUGUAACACCAAUACAUCCAUGUCAACAAAUCUUUUCAACAAAAUGUCAUCCUUGGCUCGAGUCAAGCCUUCCUCGUUAA